AUGACCCUGCGAUGCCGUGUCAUUGGUGGCUGCCAGGGACGUACGGUGCUCAUCAUCGGAGCAACAAGUGCUAGUGAGAGGUGCGCCGCGAUCGUGGCGCGCUCAUUAGGUGCCACUCGCAUAAUCGGGAUGUCGCACAAUGAAGAAACCCUCGCCGCCGUGGAAGGGCUCGAUGAUCGCGUCGUGCUUCGGGAGCCUUUCGCCCUUCCCCCAAGUGUGGGGCCGGUACAUAUCGUCCUGGACUACAUUGGUAGUGGUCCUGCAGUUUCAGGGAUCUUGCAGACGGUUCGGGCAGUGCCCAUUUGCAUCCUGGGUACUGGAAUGGGGUGUUUCACCGUGCAGGAUUGGAACAACGAGCUGCCAGAAAUUAUGAAGAUGAUUUCCCAGAUGCAUAUCCCAUUCUCCAUUUUCACUGUUCCUCUGAGUGAUGUUGCGACUGCGUGGGAAUCUGAAGACACUUUGACUAAGAGGUGGGUUUUGCUGCCUAAUGUAUGA